AACCAUGGUUUUACUUAAGCAAGCUCCACUUUCAACGUUGAUGAUCACCCUCUUUCUUUGCCUUCUCAUAGUAGAUGGCCAAAUCCUUGAAACUCCAUCACCAUCAUCCUCAUUAAUCCCUGACAUAUUAAACUUCAUAGACCGAAGACUCGCCCAAGUCUUCCCAAUUAUUCAAAACUUCAAAAACACAAUAACCUCAGACCCGUUUAGAAUAACAGCAACAUGGGUUGGUCCAGACAUAUGUAACUACACAGGCUUCUAUUGUGACAACCCACCAGACAACCUCACUGCCACCACCAUUGCUUCCAUUGAUUUCAAUGGAUUUCACCUCAGCGCACCUACCCUUGAUGGGUUCAUUGAGCAAUUCCCCGACUUGGCUCUUUUCCACGCUAACUCCAACAAUUUCUCGGGUACAAUUUCGCCAAAAAUAGCGCAACUCAAGCUUCUAUACGAACUUGAUUUAAGUAACAACUUGCUCUCUGGGGUAUUCCCAAUUUCGGUUCUAAACAUCCCCACCUUGUCCUUUUUGGACAUUCGGUACAACCUCUUCACCGGCACCGUGCCCCCACAAAUUUUCAUGCAAAAAUUAGAUGUACUUUUUCUUAACAACAACAAUUUCAUUUUGACACUCCCCAGCAUAUUAGGCAACACCCCGGUUUUUUAUCUCACGUUGGCGAACAACAAAUUCACUGGCCCCAUUCCUCGUAGCAUUGGAAAAGCCUCGUCCACGUUGAUCGAAGUAUUACUAUUGAACAACCUUUUAACGGGUUGUCUUCCAUACGAAAUUGGGUUCUUAGGAAAUGUCACAUUGUUCGAUGCUGGUGGCAAUCUCUUAACUGGGUCGAUACCAUUGUCGUUUGGGUGCUUAAAGAAAGUGGAGCAACUCAACCUGGCUAAUAAUUUUUUGUACGGGCAGGUUCCGGAAGUGGUCUGUGCAUUGGGGAAUUUGGCGAAUUUAUCGUUGUCGUAUAAUUAUUUUACGAAAGUGGGGCCUUUGUGCAAGAAGUUGAUUAAAAGUGGGGUUCUUGAUGUGAGGAAAAACUGUAUUUUUGGUCUUCCUGAUCAGAGAUCGGUGGGGGAGUGUGCAGCGUUCUUUUUGAUUCCAAGAUCUUGUUCGCAUCAUGUGUCGUUUAAUUUCAUGCCUUGUGAGAUUCCUCCUCUUUGUGAGAGACCCCGGGAGAGAAGUAAGAGGCAUUUGCUCUCAUAUUCUGCUCUUUCAAGAAAUAGAGCUGUUUUGUAACUUAGGAUUAGGUGCUCUCCAGGUGUAAACAUUGUUUAU